AGAAAAAGAAAACAAAGAAACACAGUGACACACUCUGUAUUCUGUAAUCGCUGAAGUCAGGAUUCGCACUGAAAUCUCCACUACAGAGUAGGGUUUCGACCCAAAUGUCAACCCGCAACCACGAUCCCCCACGAUCUUCGUCUUCGUCUUCGGCCAAGAUGCCCCCCGUUUCGGACAAUCCAACCGGGAAGUUAACCGCGGCGGCCAAGAAGCGACCCGCUCUCGCUGACGUCACCAACCAAAGAAAUGGCUCUAAAAGUAAUUCACGCACCUUGCUCCCUCAGUCCAGGCCUCUGGUGCCAUGUAUUGCCAAAAUUGCCAAGACCAAGAAGGAAGUUUCAGCUUGCACAGACAAUACAGGCUUCCUUGAGAAAACUUUGCCUACAUCCUUGGGCUUGAAAUCAAGUGUCUAUGUUCUAUCCGAGGAUAAAUGUUUCCCCAGAAAUGAUCAAUUGGUGCCUAGUGUUGCUGCCCAUUCUGCUUCCCGCGGUGUGGAAGCUGGUCUUUGUGCUCUGAGUAGCACAAUUCGUGCUCCCAGAGGCAUGGAUAUUUCUCCAAGUACCUCAGCUAGUGGCUGCAUCUCUUUGGAUGAGAGCAUGUCUACGUGUGAGUCUCUGAGGAGUCCAGAAUUUGAAUGUAUUGACAAUGAGGAUGCUUCAGCAGUUAGAUUGAUCGAGAGGAAGACAAGCAACAGUCUCUUCAUUUCAGACAAUGAAGAAAAAGCAGGGAAUGUCUGUGAGAUAGGUAUGCAUGUGGAGAUGGAAGCAUUUGAUCAAGUUGUAGAUAUUGAUAACAAUGUCAUGGACCCUCAAUGCUGUGCAACCAUUGCUUGUGAUAUUUAUAAGCACUUGCGUGUAUCCGAGGCAAAUAAAAGCCCUUCCACGAACUUCAUGGAAAGGAUCCAAAAAGACAUCAAUGCCAGCAUGCGUGCUGUACUCAUUGACUGGCUUGUGGAGGUUGCUGAAGAGUACCGUCUCCUACCUGAUACACUUUUUUUGACUGCUAACUACAUUGAUCGUUAUCUUUCUGGCAAUGUGGUGAAUCGGCAAAGGUUGCAAUUGCUUGGUGUUGCAUGCAUGAUGAUUGCUGCCAAGUAUGAGGAGAUCUGUGCACCCACUGUGGGUGAGUUCUGUUACAUAACUGAUAAUACAUACUUCAAGGAGGAGGUUUUGCAAAUGGAAUCUGCUGUGUUGAAUUCAUUAAAGUUUGAAAUGACUGCCCCAACAGCUAAAUGUUUUUUGAGGCGAUUUGUUUGUGUUGCUCAAGCCACCAGCAAGGUUCCAUCAAUGCAGCUGGAGUGCUUGGCCAACUACCUCACGGAGUUAUCCCUUCUCGAAUACAGCAUGCUUCGUUAUUCUCCAUCAUUAGUAGCUGCUUCUGCUACUUUCUUGGCCAAAUUUAUACUUCUCCCCUUAAAGAAACCCUGGAAUUCUGCAUUGAAGCUUUACACACUUUACCAAGCUUCUGAUUUGGUUGACUGUGUCAAGGCGCUGCAUAGCCUGUGCUGUAAUUGCAGUAAUCGUAAUCUACCCGCAAUCAGGGAGAAGUACAGCCAACAUAAGUACAAGUUCGUGGCAAAGAAGUACUGUCCUCCUUCAAUACCUCACGAGUAUUUCCAGGAACUAAGCAACUAGACAUGACAUCAGUGCUCCAAAUUGGACGAACGUAUCUUCUGUGAGUUGCCGUUUUUUGUUUUUUAACCUCAGAUCCUAUGUAUAGAAUUUUGUAUCCAGUAGUAGUGGUUUGUCUAUGGUUGGAUAUUCAGGCGAUCCUCUCAUCGUACUGUUUUUCUAAACAUAAACUCGUAUCUUGUAUUGUGUACUUGAAUUGAGUUUUCAAUGUAUAGUAAUAUAAGGUUCAAAGUGUGUAUACAUGAAGUGGUUUU